AUGACCGAUGUGAUCGGGUUGGUGGACGCGCUGGUGAAGGAUUACUUAUCGUUCCGUGGCUUAAACAAUACACUGGCAAGUUUUGAGGCUGAGGUACGGCACGAACGUGACUGUAAAUAUAAUGUUUCGAGGGUGAUCGCUGAAUUAUUCAACGCUAUCGAAAAUUACGACAUCGAUCGGCUGCAUUCAUUAUGGUCUUAUUUCAACGUUAAACUCUUCUCCAAUCUAUCAGAAGAUCAGAGGAUGAUGGCCACUCAGCUCGAAAACGAUUUGUAUCGGCUGUACGUGAUCCAGUGUGUACAGCAGAAACAACCGCAGAAAAGUGUUGAGUUCUUCGAGAGGAUGUGUGAACAUUUAAGGAAUAAUCCAGAAUGGAAUGAAUGGUUUGCGUUGCCGUACGUCAAUGACGCCAAAGACAGUGCACCGUUCAAGAAAUACUUCACCAAGCAGUGGCAGCAUUGUUUUGUGGUGUCGUUGAACAAUUUUCUGGCAAUAGCAUUUGAUAGUUUGGAAGUACCGUUAUUGGUACGAUGCGUGAAUGAUAUUCUGAAAGGAACGUGCGAGUUAAACGAUUCCGAGCUGAGUAGACGGCGAUCGCAACCAGUAUCGAUCAGUGAAGAGAUCAUGGAUGAUUUCGCGAUCAUUGCACAAGGACCUGCGAAACGUAACACUUCGAAAUCCAGGUCAUCGUUGACUGCAUGCAACCUCAAAUACAUGAUUAAUACGGGGCGGACGUUUGCCUCACUACCGACCACAUCGAGAGACGAGAGCACUGAACUGGAUCCGAGCAAAUCCGAAUAUCUUCAGCCAAUCGACAUUGAAGAUCUUCCUCGAGCGCAGAAAAGGUUUGCGAAGCAAUUCGAAAAAGUGAAUGAGGAGCGGGUUAAGGAAAUAUUUGCGAAGAAUUACAAAAACCAAAUCGGAAUGGCCGUUCUUUUGACAACAGUUAUUGCGAUUUAUGUCUAUACGAUCAAUGCGGUGAAACAAGAGACAUUCCUCGAAGAAAUCGAUUCUGAAGUGGCUGAGGAAUUGGCUCAAGCUGAAGCGCUCAAAAAGCAAUCCGAGUGA